AUGCUGGAGCGACAUGAGCGUCUGAAGCCUGAGAUGUUUGCAGAACUACUGCAGGCUGCAAAUACUGCAGAUGACUUUAGAAAAUGCCCUAGCAAUUGUGGUCAAAAGAUCAAAAUCCGCAGAGUGCUAAUGAACUGUCCAGAAAUAGUAACUAUUGGUCUGGUUUGGGAUUCUGAAAACUCUGAUUUGACAGAAGAUGUUGUACGGAAUUUGGCCACACAGCUUUACUUGCCGGGGUUAUUUUUUAGAGUGACAGAUGAACAAGCGAAAGAAAGUAGACUUUACCUUGUGGGCAUGAUCUGCUACACAAGCCGACACUAUUGUGCCUUCGCCUAUCACACAAAAAGUGCCAGAUGGGUUUUAUUUGAUGAUGCUUCAGUAAAAGAGGUUGGUACCAAAUGGAAAGAUGUAGUCACUAAGUGCAUUCGGUGUCAUUACCAGCCUUUGCUUCUAUUUUAUGCCAAUCCUGAUGGCACAGCAGUGACCACAGAUGAUGCCCUGCGGCAGGUCCUUCAUUGGUCUCAAUACAAGAGAGUCUUCACCAAUGAUGGUACAGAGCAAAAAAAGGCAGAAUAUACCAGAGAUUCCGAGAUUGGAGAGAAUAUUUAUCAGAACAGUGGUUAUAGGUAUCAGGCAGAUGAUACAGGAUUUAAUCGAGGGGUUGUUCAAUCAAGUGCUGGUCGAGGACCUGUUAAAAUAGGACGAAAUGAUCAGCAGGAAAAGUUAAAAGAUUUGUCUCGGGAAUGUGCCCAAAGAGCACAUAAUCUAAAAAGCACAGCCGCACAGCGAAAAAUUGUGGAUAAAUCCCAGAAGAAAGACCUUGCUAGACCAAAAGCAACAUCUGGAGGUGUUCCAUACCAUUCACAGUCAUUUUCUGGAACGCAGCUCAAACCUGUAUCUUCUAUCCCAGUGAACGGCUUCAGACAAUAUCCAGAUCCUCACUUCUUCAGCAGUCAAGGCAAAGGUCCAUAUAAGCAACAAAGGUCUGACCAGCAGCCACGACAAAUACCAUCCUCUAAUGCAGGACAGACUGUCAUACCUGAAACAAAGCAGCUAACUCGAGUGAAGAAUGGUACCUCAAAUGGCUAUGAUACAGACAGUAGUCAGGAGUACAAGGAGAAAGGAACUGGUAGAACCAAAAAGACCUGGCGGCCCAUGCGAGAGACUCUCAAUGUGGACAGUAUUUUUAAUGAUGGUGAGAAAAGCCAGUCCAGUCCACGGCACUUAGCAAACACUAAUGGAAAACAUCAUACUGCUAAGGAUCAAAGCCUUAAUCACUGCUCAAAGGAGAGCCCUAAGAAAAAGGUUCUGAUGACUAUUUAUGAGGAUGAGAUAAAACAGGAAUCUGGCAGUAGAAGUUCUCUGGAAUCAGUAGGAAAAAGUCAGGCUGAAAGGAACAAACCAAACCCAGACUCUAAGCUGUACCAUUUUGACAGCUGGCACAUGCAAAGAGCAGAGUCUGGCUAUGAAAGUAGUGAUCACAUCAGCAGCGGUUCAAGUAAUCUAGAUUCUCCUGUAAUUGAAGGGACCAGCUUUGCAGAUAUGAAAGUUAUUCAGGAAAUGAGCCAGUGC